AUGGCUUUCGACACGAAAUACAUACUCAUCCCCGUCUUCAUCGCCUGCUCCCUCUUUGGCUUCCGCGCCUCCAUCGGCACCAUCCUCGGCACUGGCUUCGGCAAGGUCGUCAAGGACCUUGCCGCCGGCAACAUUGCUUUCCUCCCGGGCGCCCCUCAGCCGUUUCUCAGGGAGUACGCGGGCAUUGGUCCCCUCGACCGCAAGCUCGUCGGUCUGGUCGCCUUCUUCAGCACCUUGAUCGACGGCGACGUCGACCAGUCCACCGUCGCCUUCUCCAUCUGGGGUCUCGCCCAAUUCGGCAGCGCCUGGACCUUGCUCGUGCUCGAGGCCCGACGCAAUGGCAACCGCUACGGCCUCCUUGGCUGGGUUGGCCCUGCCGGUCUCGCCAUGCAGCUCCUGACCUACACCUUCAUUGCGCCCAUCUGGCUCAGUCUGCAUCUUCUCAUUUCGCCCGUUGCCAAGCUCCGCAACGGCGACGGCGAGGCUGCUCGCAAGUCCCUCUUUGUCCUGUUGUGGGACAUGGCCCUGCUGCCCGCUGCCAUCACCAUCACUUACUUGGUCCCGUCCACUGUCAUGAACAUGCCAAGUCUUGCCAGCAUGAGUGCCAGCGCGCACUACAAGUGGAUCGCCGCCUGGCAGUUGUUCCCACUCUGGACUGUUCUCGUGCUCUAUGCCCUGCAUGCCGUUCUCUACACUGCCAUCGGCUCUCUUCUCCCCCGUGAUGAGGAGGACAAGCCGACUACUCUCGGCAAGGGCUACACCGUUGCGGUCUCGGGCGUUUACGAAUUCGUCACCACUGUGACAACCAUGACGCACUUGCCUGUUGUCAUUCUCAGCGUCCUGCCUGAUUCUGCUCGCUCGCUCAUCGCCGGGUACAUUCCCAGGUAUGCCGCCUUCAUCAACUCGGCCACUUUCUCGAAAGUCUUUGUGCCCUACUGGAUCACAAACAUCCCGAAGAUCAACCCUACCGGCUACGUAUCGGGCGACCUUGCUGUCCCCGCCAAGAACUUCCUGCAGUGGGACGUCUACGUCGGCAGCAUCCCCUUUGUUCUUUGGGCCCUGUACCUUCACCAGCGCACCGUCAAGAACCCUAGCUUGCCUGGUGCCCUUGCCCUCACUGCAAAGUGGUUUGUCCUUGGUGGUCCGCUCUGCGCAGUGGCUGCUCUGCUGAAGGAGCGUGACAAUGUUGUCCUUGAGGGCGACAACAAGUCCUACGAAGCCAAGACCAAAUAA